AGGUUGUACAUCCUGCCUAGCAAGACUCUCAGUCCUCAAGAGAAAUCACUGAGUCCUCUGCAGUGGUGCCGGCGUGUUCUGGAUCAUCCAACUCCUGAGAUAGAGGCUGCAAAACGUUCCCUAUGCUUUAGAUUAGAACAAGCUAGCCGAUGGCGGAAUCUCUUCUCCACACCUGUCUCCUUGGCUUUUCCCUAUAGUCCUGUUGCAAGACUCACCCCAUAUACCAAUGGCUUUAACAGUCCCAGCUUCUCUAAAACCUCCAGUAAAGCAAUACUAACACCUGAACGGACAGGUUACAUUUCUAGGAAUUCCCCUUUGAGCCCACAGUCAUCGAUAGACAGUGAACUGAGCACCUCAGAGCUGGAGGAUGAUUCCAUCUCCAUGGGAUACAAGCUGCAGGACCUCACCGAUGUUCAGAUCAUGGCUCGUCUGCAAGAGGAGAGCCUUAGGCAAGAUUAUGCCUCGACUUCAGCAUCUGUGUCAAGGCACAGUUCGAGCGUCUCUCUGCAUGCGGGGAAGAAAGGGACGUGCGGUGACCAGGAAUACGAUCGCUACAGUCUUGAGGAUGAGGAAGAGUUUGACCACCUCCCGCCUCCGCAGCCGCGGCUGACUCGCUGCUCCCCCUUCCAGCGAGGGAUUCCUCACUCACAGACUUUCUCCAGUAUCCGGGACUGCCGGAGGAGCCCUACCUCCCCGCACUUCCCUUCAAGUACUUACCAGCAGCCCUACUGCUCUCCUCAAGCCCAAACUCCAGAGCAGCAACCAAAUAGGAUGAAUGGAGAUAAACUUCGAAGAAGCAUGCCUAACCUCGCUCGGAUGCCAAGUACCCCCACCAUUAACAGUAAUGCUGGCUUUGCUGGUUCUCCAGUCACUGUGAGGAACAGUCAGAGCUUUGACUCCAAUUUGCAUGGAGCGAGUAAUGGGAUUUCAAGGAUGCAGUCGUGUAUUCCAUCACCAGGACAGCUUCAGCACAGAGUUCACAGUGUGGGACAUUUUCCAGUGUCUGCCAGACAGCCUUUCAAAGCUACUGCCUACGUAAGCCCCACCGUACAAGGUGGCAGUAGUAGUAGUACUAGCAGCAGCAUUCCAGUUUCCAACAACUUGCAGUUACAUUCUAACACUGGGAUCCCAAUGCCAAACAAGACUGCCAGCCAAGGGAUUGUAGGGCGCAGUGCCCUUCCGAGACCAUCGCUGGCGAUCAACGGGAGUGGCAUACCCAGAAGUAAAAUUGCACAGCCAGUUCGAAGUUUUCUUCAGCCUCCAAAACCACUUUCGUCACUAAGCACGAUGCGGGAUGGGAACUGGAGAGAUGGCUGCUAUUGAUG